AUGUCGACCGAUCGAGAGGAACUGUGGCCUCCAAUCUGUUGGACGCCACGUGGUGCUUCAGAGGGCGAUGGAGGUGCUUCGGCUUCAGAUGGCAUUGCGGCCAAAACGGACGUCUGCGAUCUUUGGCCACCGAUGGAGUGGUCUCCGGCCGCGAAGGAUACGAAGGCUGAGGCUGACGACGAGGUGCCAGCAUCCCUCACCCAGCAGAAGAAGGACGCGACGAACUCGGAAGCGCCGGAUCUCUGGCCACCAAUCGCCUGGACACCACGUUCCUCAGAUGGCGAUGCGAAGACUCCGCGUGAUGCCAGCGAGCUCUGGCCCAGCCUGAACUGGUCGUAA